GGAGCUUGGCAAUACACCAUGUGCCACGAGCUUGGUAUGUCGUUUUCUUUUGUAUCAUUUAGCGCAGUGCAACUAGUUGUCUUGAAGUUUGAUUUGACCUUCACUCAACCCACCUUACGAGAAUUUUUUUGCGUAUUUCUCACCUUCACAUUGGCAGGACACUCAAUCGGGCUUGGCCACACAGAUGAAGUCUUUGGCAAUGAAGACCUCGGGGAUUGUAUGGACUAUACCGAUAAUUUGGAGCGAAACAAGCAACCGACCGAAUUGAAUUACGAUAUGCUGAUGUCGCUCUACGGCCCUCUAGGGGGUCAGCGACAACGACGCGAAAGACUGCAAUUGCGUAUGCUAGAAAGGAACGAACAGAACUUUAUACCAGAAGCUUAUACGAACUCAUCGGGUCACCAUCAGGAUUUAUCCGUACAGCGACUGAGGAAAAAGGUUAGUUUUAGAAACAAUAUUCGCAUCCAUGAUGUUUCUGCCGAAGGUAGCGAUGAUGUCAAUGCACACGUUUUUCGUACUGUUCCGGAUGAUAUCAAAAAGGAAAAGGACAAAGCAGUCCAGGUACUGUUCGACAGAGUUCGAAACGAGGACCCUGACGAUUACGAAAUCGCAGCUGGAUACACCCACAAAGACGGGUGGAAACUUCUCCAUCGAAAACUUUACGGAGAAGAACACGAAAUGGAGCUGGGGAUGGGCUACAAGGUUCGUAUUCAACUCCUCCUUGAUCACAAACAAACUAUACGAUAAGUAUUAGUACAUUUUGAGUGAAAGUGUGAAAAAGUAUAGUUA